GGACUUACUUCAUGUUUGUGUUAGAGGUUUCUGAUAUGAACUCGUCGCUUGUUUGGAGAAACCAGAAAAGUUUUAACAGCCUCAAGUUCGAAAUGAAGGCUUUGUUUGAUGGAAUAGACAAUCUUCCGAAUCGUCCACUGUACGUGCAUGACUCGAAGAUCGGCAUAGUACAGAGCAUCAUCACUGCUAAUGUUAGCAAAAUCCCUCGAAUCGGCGGAACAGUGCGCGAUUUUGGCUCGUUUAAGGAAUAUCCGUGUCAAGGAGGCUUGACCAGCGACAGUCCACAGGAGGAAUCCUCUACAUGCGUUAUUGAUGAUGACCAAUUUUUGAAUCUUAUUGAACAUGGAGAUUGGCUGACAGUCAAAUUUCGGUCUACCAGCGGCGGCUUCCAGAAGCUUGUGAAUACUGAUCAGGGAGGCAUACCUUACGCUACCAAGUACUACAACGGACUCUCGGUCAUCAAAACGUUGGAGUUUCGGUUCGACUUCAUAGCCCCGAAACACUGCUCAGAAGUUGAUGUUAAGACUUGCCCACCUGGUGCUACUAUUCUCGACAUUACGGACGUAUACACAAGGGAUCCUAUCAGGCCGCGUUGGCUCGGCUGGACGGACGAACUGUCUGGGAUAGGUGAAUACUACGCGGAAGUGUUUAAGCUUGGGCCAAACAGGGACAAUUAUCUUGUGGAGACCAGUCUUUUAAACCCCGAGUUCUCUGCAACCAUACCCCAUACUAACGGCACAAUUCAGUACCCGGAAUACAGGCCAUUGUCAGCUGGAAUGUACAGUGUCCUCGUGGAGGUCCGUGACUUUUCCAACAACUCCCGUAUCGUCCGCCGGUUUGUGAUGUUCGACGCCACCUCCUCGGUUUCAUUGAACAACAAAACCACCAAACUGUAUGUGUCGUCUGCAGUCGAGGAGACCGGAUACGCCUGGCAGUCACCGGCGACCACUGGUAAUCAAGUGACAGUCAGUGUGGCUUGGCAUAAUUAUUUUGUCAACCACGUGCACGAAGACGGACUUUUUCUCGGAGAAAUAGAGACGUUUCCUAUACAGUUCAAAGAGAUAGAAGAUGACGGAGUACUGUUCAGUCGAAAAUUUGUGCCUGAUGUCCUAGAUGACAAUUCCGAACCUCGAACCAGGAAGGCCAUCUCGAACUGUCACGGUAUUGUCAAAUAUGAAAUAUUUUGGCAGGCGACAAUCGAUGCGACGGAACCUACUUCCGGUUGGCAAACGAUACCACUAAAUGAGUCUUAUUCUGCAAAACAAGCACUAGGAGACGGUGACCAGCUGCGUGUUUGGAUUCGAGCAACGGACAUCAUAGGCAACACGAAAGCCGACAGCACCGUGAUCAAAAUAGACGGCACACCGCCAAUUUUGAAAACCAAUCUCACAGGGAAGGAGUAUGGUCUACACCGGAACAUUGUCGACGGACCCUACAACUUUUGCUCUAAGAUCACGUUUGCCGCCUCUGACAGUAGCAGUGGAGUACAUAAAAUCGGUUUCAAGAUUAUUGUGAAAACACAGGAUGAGACCUCGAAGGACAUGUACAGCAAUUUUACAGCCGCAAACAUGCAGACAGACCUUACGAACCCGUUUUGUAAGACAGUGGAUGGUGUGUGUUUCUUACCAGACCAAACCCUCUACUUGGACAAUUGUUGGUUUACUAUAUCAAAGUCGGACCUUGAUACGGCAACGGCAAUGGUUGAUGUUACUGUCUUCAACCAGGCCAUGCUCUCCACUUCGAUGUCCAUGAAUAUUGGUCCAAUUAACAGCCUACAGGGGCUUGAGAAAUACAACGGCCCAUUGAACUUGCGAGUGGUCACCAAGACUCCAACUGGUUUCAGACUUGAGUGGGACCUUCCUACUAGGGAAUCCUGCUAUGGAAGGGCCGACAUCGUGAUCACACUUUCUCGCAAAACCGCUAACGGAACGAUAGUGCUCCAUACCUUCUUUACCCCUGGAACCAGCACGUUUUUUGACGUUCUUGGUCUAAAUCCGGAGACGGAGUAUAUUCUGGGACUAAACAUUAAAACAUCUGGAGGCAGUGCACAUGGAGCAGAUCAAACACUGGCAGUAAGAACAGAGAAGGAAGAGGGCGAUGGUGUGUCAAAUGGUUGGAUCUUUGGGGCAGUUGUAGGUGUAUUGGCUGUCAUCGUUUUGGUAGUACUUGCGAUACUCAUCGGUCGUGGUGCGAUCCGACCUGCCGUUCUCGCGCGAGAGGUCGGGCUAUUGAUGACUCUGUGGGCUCGCCGUUGCCGCAUGUUGGGAGGCGAGGCGAACCGAAACCCGCCAUUAAAUGAGGACAAUACUCAGGCGAAGUCAGUGGCCGGCGAGGAACUUGAACUUAACGCCCCAAAGUUCGUUAAAGGUUCGAAUUUAGAGUCAGGGCACUUUGUCAACAUCUACGAAGCCAAAUACAAUGGGAAUGCUGUGGUGGCUGAAACACUCAAAGAAAACUACGCCGCCAACGACUUGUUCCUCAUGAAGGCAAAGAUCAAAUUCUUAUCCGAGAAGGUCGGAGACAACCCCAACGUGUUGAAGUGUUUGGGAUCCAUCCUCGAUGACACGAGUAUUGGACCAACCAUCCUCUACGAGUACUGCGAGAACGGUACAUUUAAAAAGUACCUGGUAAACAACAAGGCUAACUUAACCGUGGAGACGCUUUUCUGCUUCGGACUCGACAUCGCCAAGGGCAUGCAGUACCUUGCUGGAAAGGGGAUAACUCACGGGCGCCUGAUGGCAUGAAACAUCCUUCUGACCUCCUUGAACGAAGUGAAGAUCUACGGCUUCGGGCCGCAACCGGAAGAUGAGGUUUUCGGGGAUGCAGAGCGUGGCAAAACAGAGACAAUUCCAAUCGAGUGGAACGCGCCCGAAUGUAUGUCGUCAACGAAAGAUGCAGACGAGAAAAGUGACGUGUGGUCGUUUGGCGUGGUCCUCUGGGAAGUGUUUUCUCUUGGCGAGAACCCGUACGAAAACUUAAACAUCCGAGACCUGCCUGACAGCCUGAAGAAUAAUGUUCGUCUGCAGAAACCGGAACGCUG